GUUGCCAUAGCCGGGCAUCCCCGGGGGCGAGGCGGUGGCCCCUGCCCGGCGCUCCCAGCGGCGGCUGCCUGACUCCCCUCCCGCCUGGCCCCGCGGCCCGGUCGGUGCGGGCGCGCCUCGCUCUCCAGAAACAGAUUUUGAAGAUGUCAGAGAGACGUUCAAGCCAAGCUUGCACUGGAGCAGAAAAUGAGGUGGACUCUCCUACCGUCAACUUCAAAUCCUCCAGCUUCAGAGAUUUCUGUUCCACAUCUUCAUUUCAAGAUAGUGGCUACAGUGAGUUGUUACAACCUUGCAACUUUGGUAGUACAGAUAAAGAAUUUUUUGGAAAGAAAGAAAAAGGCCCAACAUUAAUCCAUGAACAUCCUGAAACUUCAAAUCUGGGCUUAACUCAUCCUUUAGAAUCUCCAACUCAAAAAAAGAGAUUUGUCUUUUCUAGGAAUGAAAAUGAUACAACUCCAGAACUUUGUGAAACCCCUAAAGUCAGUGGAAAAAAAUUUUUACUGCGUAAAAGGUUGGACAGAUCUUUCUCUUUCCUAAAGGAGGACUGUGAAUCACAAAACAGUUCUUUAGAAAGUAGUAUAAACCAAGUCCUCAACUUAGAAAAAAAUAAUCCAAGCUGUGCUUCAGGUUUUCCAAGGCAAACCAAUUUUAGUCCUUUAGUUACUAGUACUUUGAAAACAGAAGAAGCAACUUCCAGCAGUCAAAAAUUGAGACUUAAUUUUUCUCAACAGAAGACUUCCACAGUUGAUGAUUCCAAAGAUGACUGUAGCCUAUUUGAAGUUGAAUGUAUAUCUCCGAUUCAGGGCAAUAGUUCUAAAGACUCUAUCACAUAUGACCUUAGUGAUAGCAGUCUGUUUGUUAAUGAUGAGAAUACAUAUCCCAAACUUCUGGGCUCUUCUGCUAGUCGAACAUCUUGUGGAACAAAUGAGAAUUUAUGUGUGACUCCAAUAAGUAAUCUUGUAGCAAACAUUAAAUUUAAUGCAAGUCAAAGGCUCUCUCCUUCAGCUGAAGUGAGGGGCAAUAUUUCAACACCUGAAGACAGUGGUUUUAACUCACUUUGUUUGGAUAAAUCAGAAGAUUCCCUCUCUGACCAGGAGGGUUCUUUUCGAGAACUUCGGAAACGUAAGGGAACUGUCAAAGUGGGGGACACCAUAAAAAAGUCAGGGCAUCUUCGGAGGCUGAGAAGAUUGUCCACACUUCAGGAACAAAGCUCACAGUCUGAGACAGAAAGGGACUCUGACUCAGAAGCAACACCAGCAACUGCUUCAGACACCUCGGAGAAUCAGCCGAGCAGUGACAAUGAGAUUUUAAGCUUUAAGAAUUUAUCAAAGACCCCAGCUUUGCAGUUAGUGCACGAACUCUUUAUGAGAAACAAAAGAAAAAGAUUCCAGCAAAAUGGUGCACAUGAAUUCUUAGAAGAGAAGGAUGGGGGGCAAAUAGCUGUACUACAGUGUGUACUUGCAGGACUGAUUGGCAAGAAAAUGGGUAUAGAAAAACUGGACAUCUUAACAGAAUUAAAAUAUAGAAAUUUAAAACAUAUUCUUGCUAUGGUUUUAGAUUCCUUGACUGCAGAAAGCCUAUGCAGUGUUUGGAAAGUGAGCAGAAAUUGGCGUGAAAUUAUUGUUCAAGAUAAAAAAGCAAAUCGGAGGAGGAAAUGUUAUAUCUCACAACUGAAAGCAGAUUCUGAGGGGGCUAUAUUAAAUGUUGAGGAUGCUGCCACUCGGCUCCAUCUCUUAAAUCGAUCAGCUUUAAGAUCUGUACAAGCUCAGGCUAGGAUACCAGGUUUUCAGAAAGGAGAAGUUUCAACAUUUUCUCCCUGGGGAGAAGUUUUGACACCUACAGCAAGCUCUUCUGUUACUCCCUUAAGUAGUAAACAGGAUGAAUAUGUUAAGGUUGCCAAAACACUAUUUAUUGAUGAAGCAUUAAAACCUUGCCCCAGGUGCCAAUCCCCUGCUAAGUACCAGCCAUAUAAGAAAAGGGGUCUGUGCAGCCGCACAGCCUGUGGUUUUGACUUUUGUGUGUUAUGUUUGUGUGCUUAUCAUGGGUCUGAAGAAUGUAGUAGAGGAGCAGCAAAGCCGAGAAAUAGGAAAGAUGCUCUUCCAGGAAGUGCCCAGAGUAAGCGGAAUUUAAAACGCCUUUAAAGAGACUCUCAAAUAAAAGAAGCAUUCCCCCUAAACAGCGUCUUGUCUGACUUAAAAUUAUGAAUAUUCUGAAAGCAUGCAACAUUUCCCAUUAAUGACAGAUGGUGAUUUAUUUCCUAUUUUGUAUAUAUCAUAAUCUAUGUCUGUAUUCUUUAAAGAGAUGAGUUUGAAAAAAUUUUAUUUUACUGUGUCACAUUUUCCCAUUUUAAUAAGUGUUUUUAAAUAAAGAGUUUUUAAUGUUGUCAUAUAUAUGUAUUUAACUGUUUCAUGUAACCUUUGAAAAUUGUGCAUUUCAUCACUCUGUGUUGAAAUGUUCUUCGAUCACUUUUUAAAAAUAGUUUUCCAAGUAAUAUUACAAAUUUUGAACUUGAGACAG